ACUAUCGCUAAAUAAUCGCUUUUCACUCUUAAAUGCCAAAGCGUACAAAAGCUCAACUCACCAAAUUCGAAUUUUGCAACGAGAAUGGAAUAAGUAAUGUUCUGAAACCAGCGCAGAGAAGAAAUUUCUGCACUUCGCCUUUCUUUGGAGUCUUUUGUUUUCGAACGCUUUCGGAGCACGUGGCCUCUUUUUCUUCGAGAACGUCUUUAAUUCUCUGGAGAGAAUCCAAAAUUUAGCUUUGGAUUUGAAGAUGCUUUUUUCGAGUUCGUUUCCAAUGUGUAAGGGAAAGUCAUAGAUUAUUUCACUGUUUUAUUUUGUGACUUCGCGAUGUUGUGGGGCUCUCUCUACUUUUAAGAUUCUUCGGUUGUGCAGUGAGCUGUGGCCUUCCUGCUUUUCGGCAUGGGGUCUGCUGGUCCACAGGAGCAUUAAGAAACAGAAUUGGGCCAUGGCGGCUGUGAGUGAGGACCCUAUCACUCUGUGGCUGAAGCUGGGUGCCCUGGAGAAGCUCGAACAGGUAGUCCUGGAUGGAUACGGGGACCAGCUGUAUGGAAAGACUUCUAGGAUACCGCAAGUGAACAAAUUUCUCAGACAAGUGCCUAUAUUUCAGAGUAAGAUCGACGAGAUACACAAGGCAGUGAGCACGGGCAAUCUCCGGGAAGUGCAGCACCUCAUCGACCGGAAGAAGCUGGCUUUCUGCCGCGAUCAUCUGGGGGCCAGUCCCAUGCACAAGGCUGUUCUCUUCUCGCAGAGGCCAAUCAUCGACUAUCUCCUGGACAGAUAUCCCUCCGUCGUGCACGCCAGAGACCACCGGGGUCGGACGCCUCUGCACUACGCCGCUGUGCUCUCGGAUGGCGGAGAGAUUUACAAGAUGCUUCUGGAUCACGGAGCCGACGUCAAAGCCACGGAUGUUUUCGGCAAUCGUCCCGAGUACUACAUGCACGCUCAAGACGAGAUGGAUAUCCAGGCACUCAAGGCAGGCACGGACACGGGGAAACCGAAAAACAUAAAAAUCAAACAUUUUCAACCCACUGGUGGUAACCAAAAAGAAAUAAUUGCCAGAUCUGCAAAACCAGCGGGCACGCGGAUGCAGAUUCGCGAAAUGCUGGCUAAUGGCAGCUUGGAAGCCCUCGAAGAGCUUGUCCUCCAAGGUCAUGGGGAUCGUCUUCUCGGAGAAACUGCUACCAACCCCCUCGUCAGAGAUUUUAUUCAAAUGGUGCCCAUUUAUAUGGAAAGGAUUUACGAGAUCCACCGGGCCGUGGCGCGGGGCCGGUUGCGGGAUGUUCAGACUUUGCUAGACCGCAAGAAGCUUGCCCUUGCCCGCGACCCCCUUGGGGCGACUCCCCUGCACAAGGCCGUCAUGUACGGACACAAGGACAUCGCCGAAUACAUUGCCAUGAAUUUCCCACUCAGCAAAGAUGCCAAGGACUUGGACGGCCGAACGCCUCUCCAUUACGCAGCGGGACUCAAGGAUAAUCAUGAAAUGUACAACACGCUCAUCGCCUUCAGUGCCAAUCCCCUAGUUCUAGAUUACAAAGGCAAGACAGCCGAGUACUACCUUCAGUUCCCCGAGCAUCUCCACAUGGAGCAGCUCUUGAAGCAAAGUCAAAGGGCCAACGCCAACUACAUGGCCAAUCACGCCAAUAGGAUAAAAGCGGUCGCUUCACCCAAGAGAAAAUCCCCUUACCCUACAAGAGCAGCAUUGUCUUUAGACUUUAAUGGAAAUAUUCGUCCACAAAAUGGAGAAGUGAGCGAUUCGGUGGAAGACUCAGAGAUUCAGAAGAAUAAUCACGUGAGCUUCAAGAUGCCCAAGAAAACACUUUUCAGAAGCCAACCUCUGCUACCACCGCCGAAACUAAAAAGACUGGAGAUCAACUCCGCAAACAUCAAGCGAUGGGUGCGCGAGGAGGACCUCGAGAAACUAGAAGGCGCCGUCCUCGAAGGCUACGGGGAGAAGGUGGCCUCUCAGAGAACUGACAACGCCAAACUGCAGAAGUACAUAGAGGACCAGGUUCCAAAACUUGUGCGAAAAAUCGAGGCCAUACAUAUUGCCGUUUCAAACGACGACUUGACCGAAUUGCAGAACCAGUUGCAUGAGACGGAUAAUAUGGUGCUGGCCAAAGAUCAUUUCGGAAUGGCUCCUAUUCACAGAGCUGUGCUUAUGAACAAGCCAGAGACACUCGCCUUUCUCAUAGAAAGGUUCCCGGAGACUGUCAACGCCAGGGAUAAGGAAGGGCGCACUGCCCUGCAUUAUGCAGCAGCCAUGUCCAGAGAGCCCGGGGCUUCGAAUUACUUCAAGAUACUCCUGGAAGCUGGGGCGGACCCAAGGAUCAGAGACAAUCAAGGUCGAUCUCCGGAGUAUUAUCGCACUCAUCACGUGCCGAUCCCCCACAAGCUCAACCAAGCCCAAAAGUUCGGCAAGAAGCAAAGGAGCAGGUCGGAACCCCCACCCCAGCAGCGGAUGAAGAAGUUGCCGGGCAUCAGUGGCGCAGGUAGCUCUCUGCCUCAGAUGACUAUGGACAAAAUUAACAGUUGGUUACAGAAUGGUGACCUGGAGAGCAUAAAGGACUUCGUGCACGAAGGAUACGGACAGCACAUCGUAGGUAAGACUUCCUGGAAUGAAGAUCUGAGGCAGUAUCUCAAGUCUCUGCCACACUAUCUGAUGAGUCUGGGCUCACUGUUCCACGCAGUGGAGAGGGGCGACCUGCAAGCGCUGGACAAGCAGAUCGGAAGUGACGAGAAUCUCCUGAAGGCGAAGAACGCCGACGGCUCGACAGUCAUGCAUCAUGCCGUUCUCCACGACCAGCUGAACGUCGUCAACUACUUCCUGGACAAAUACCCGACACUUCUCAACAUCAAAGAUAGGAAUGGGCGAACUCCUCUUCACAUAACCGGACAGCAAAAGAACCAAUACCUCUACACGCUCCUCGCAACGUCCGGGGCAGACCCCAUGAUCCUCGACCAGAAAGGACGUACAGCUGAAUUCUACAUGAGCUCUUCGACAAAGCCAAGUAUUCGCCCGCAGGCUUCCCCCCAGGCAUCAACCCCGGAUGAUGAGUCAUCUGGAGAGAAAUCCUCCGAGGCGAUGGAAGAGACCCCCAAAGAAAAAGAGAACAAAGAGGCUCAUACAGAAGAAGUUGCACCCAUUUCCGAAGAAGAUACCGCCCAGACGCAGGAGGAGAGCCAAGAAAAGGACGAGAAAGCGGCGACUCCUGAAGCUGGCAUCGAUCCCGAGUCAGAAGAAGAGACGGAAUCUGGAAAAGCGCCGAAUGAAGAACCAUCGGAGGAGGAAGGGAAAAUGGAGGAGAGAAGUGAGGAGGAAAAAGCAGAAGAACCGAAAGCAGAGAAAACCUCUCCUGAAAAAGAAGAGGAGCAGAUACAAAAGCCCGUGAAAGGGGAGGAGCAGAAGUCUGCUCGAUCCAGACACUCUGAGGCUCCAGCCAGUAGCUCAGGUGAUCGUCUCAAUGAGCUGAUAGAUGUGUGGAUUCGGGACAAGGAUCUUCUCCGUCUGGAACACGUGGUCAUCGCUGGACAAGGUGAGAGGCUCAUGGGGAGGACCUCGGACGAUAGACAAGUACAGGAAUUCCUCGACCUCGUGCCCACCUACAUGGCCCGCAUCAAAGGGGUUCACGACGCCGUGGUGCGUGGCAGCCUGGGAGAAGUGGAAUCUGUCCUGACGAGAAAGCGCUUUGCUCUCAGCCGGGACCACCUGGGGGCCAGCCCUCUCCAUCUCGCUGUUCUGCACGGACACACGGAUAUCGUCAAGUACAUCAUAGACAAUUUUCCCGAAGCGCUGGAUGGGCCGGACAACGAGGGUCGCACCCCGUUGCACUACGCAGCGGUCAUGAGGGACGGCGGCACCUACUACAGAAUCUUGCUGAUGGCCGGGGCAGACGAAGUGGUCAAGGAUAAAGCUGGUCACACACCGGAUUACUACCUCACCCAUCCGGGAGUGUUAAGUAUCCGGGAAUUGUUGGAGGGCUACCGGAUCAGAGAAGCGCAGAACAGACGGCCUUCGCAAGUUAACAUCUGGCAACGUCCACCCACCGAUGAGGCUGAAAAACUUGAUCUAUUCAACGAAGAAGACGAAUACGAUCCUUUCGAGAAUGUGGAACCUGGCAAUACACCGGACUUCUCGGACGAUACGACCACAACCACCACCACCACCGAGCAGCCCCAGGAACAACCACCUCCGAAACCUUCCAUCUACCCUAUUUUAUUCGAUCGCCAAAAUCGAGACAGUCGAUACUUGGCCAGUGUAUUGGGAGAUGCUCUGAUUCGAGGUCUGACUCAGGUGGCCAACAGGAGGCCCAGAGACCCCGUGGGUUACUUGGCCACCUACCUCUACCAAUACGCCGCCAGGAAGACUGGAGACAGGUUCUCGAGAGAAAAUGAGGAGGGGGAAACGUCUAUCGAAACGGAAGGAAACUCCUCUCCUGUGAAACCUGGCCCAUCGGAAGCAGAAACUGACGACUCUAAACCAAGCGAUGACUCGUCUCGAACACCUCUCGAAGUGGUCAACGAAGAUCCUGAAGAUUUCGAGGAGGAUGAGUUUUCAUUAGAAUUCGAGGAUCAUACCAAGAUGAAGGACGAAGAAGGACAGACGGUCCUCCACUUCGCGGCUGCCCGUGUACACCCCGACGGCAGCUUUUAUGCCCUUCUGAGCCAUGCAGAAGUGCUCCUGGGCGAGAGGGACGUCCUUUACCGCACUUGCCGUGACGUGGCAGUGGAUUCUGGCCAGGAGGAGAACGUGGCUACUUUGGACAGGUUCGUGUUCGACGCCUUCCUGCAGCAGCGUUCUUCGUACGUACGCAUGCUGUUGCAUGAAGGGUACGAUCCGCUCAUCCACGUCCGGGACAGUUCUGGUCGAGAACUGGCUGCCGUUCUGCAACAACAGAGGAUCGCUUCUUCCCUCUCUCUAGUCAGAGAGAUUACAGAUUUCGUCAAGCGCCGCGAGGAGCUUCACGGGUACAUCCGGAAUAGCUAUCUGGAAGGUGUGGCUCGUCUCGUCAAAUCCGACAACACUCUGGUGACAGCCAAGAGCAGGCGGGCUCGCUGCGCCCUGCACGUAGCCGUACUCUUCGAGCACGUCGGCAUCAUCCAGACCUUGGUCAGGGCAAACGCCUCAUCUGUCCAUGUCUCGGACAAUGUUGGAAGAACACCCCUUCAUUACGCAAUGGCCACGAUAAAAGUAGAUAAAAUAGCCAAAAUUCUGAUCACAGCAGGAGCAUUGAAGACUACAAAGGAUGUGCGCAUGCGCUCUCCCAGUUUCUUCUUCAUCUACAAAGAAGAGAUCCAGAGGCUUCACGAAGAAGAAUCUCGUCUGGCGUGAAUGAUCGUCGAUAAUCACAAUGCAUCAUCAACAGGUGAUGCGUGUACAUUUGUAACAAACUGAAAGACAGACACAAAUUCUUUUUGUUACUCUGUAUCAUAAGGAAUUUUACAUUUUAAUACAGUUUUGAUUUUA